AUGAAGAAAACUAUAAAGUUUACACCACCGCUUGUGGUAGAUGUUGCAAAACAAAAGAACGGAGAUGAAAAGAAACAGAAGAAAGAAGAGAAUGAGCUCAGUGUUGGGUACUUUCAGCUGUUUCGAUUUGCCACCUGGAAGGAGGUUGUGAUGAUGGUAGUGGGGAGUGUGUGCGCACUGAUCCAUGGUGCUGCGGGCCCUCUAAUGCUGCUGGUGUACGGCAUGAUGACCAACACAUUUGUGGAUUAUGAGGUGGAGCUUCACGAACUGCAAGACCCAAAUAAAACGUGCCGCCACAACACCAUCCACUGGACAAAUGGCUCCGUUUAUGAGCCUGCUGAAAACAUUACUCUUGUUUGUGGUGUUGAUAUUGAAGCCCAGAUGACUAUGUUUGCAUACUACUAUAUUGGGAUUGGAAUAGGAGUUCUUUUUCUUAGUUAUUUUCAAGUUGUUCUCUGGGUGUCAGCCGCUGCGAGACAGAUUCAGAGAAUCCGAAAGACUUAUUUCCGUAAAAUUAUGCAAAUGGAGAUUGGAUGGUUUGACUGCAACUCUGUUGGGGAACUGAACACAAGAUUAUCUGAUGACAUCAACAAGUUGAAUAACGCCAUCGCCGACCAGGCGUCUUUCUUCAUCGAGAGGCUCUCCACCUUCGUGUUUGGGUUCAUGGUGGGCUUCAUCGGCGGAUGGAAGCUGACAUUGGUUGUGAUUGCUGUGAGCCCUCUGAUCGGUGUCGCAGCUGCACUGAUGGCAAUGGCUGUGGCCAGGGUAACAGGAUGGGAGCUGAAAGCAUAUGCAAAGGCGGGAGCUGUGGCUGAUGAGGUCCUGUCGUCCAUUAGAACGGUGGCGGCGUUUGGUGGGCAGGACAAAGAGGCUGAGCGGUAUGACCGAAACCUUGUGGAAGCACAGAACUGGGGAGUUAAAAAAGGUGCGAUCAUCGGAAUUUUCCAAGGAUAUCUGUGGUGCAUCAUUUUCCUUACUUACGCUCUGGCUUUUUGGUAUGGCUCAAAGCUUGUCAUCGAAACUAAGGAGCUAUCUCCUGGGACCCUUGUUCAAGUGUUUUUUGGAGUUUUGAUAGCAGCAAUAAACCUAGGCCAGGCCUCACCUUGCUUGGAGGCCUUUGCGUCAGGCCGUGCAGCUGCAAAGACCAUCUUUGAAACUAUUGACAGGGAAGCAGAGAUAAAUUGUUUUUCUGACGAUGGUUAUAAAUUAGACAGGGUGAAAGGUGACAUUGAGUUCCAUAAUGUCACGUUCUACUACCCAUCCAGACCUGAAGUCGUGAUUUUAAAUGAUCUAAGCGUGCAGGUUAAAGCAGAUGAAACCACUGCUUUUGUUGGACCCAGCGGCUCGGGGAAGAGUACAGCAGUGCAGCUCAUCCAAAGGUUUUAUGACCCAAAGGAAGGAAUGGUGACUUUGGAUGGCCAUGACAUCCGAAGUUUAAACAUUAAGUGGCUGCGCUCAUUGAUUGGUAUCGUAGAACAAGAGCCGGUGUUGUUUGCCACUACAAUUGCAGAAAACAUCCGCUUUGGAAAACCUGGAGUGACCAUGGAGGAAGUAAUUCAGGCGGCAAAAGAGGCCAAUGCCUACGAUUUUAUAAUGGGCCUUCCACAGAAAUUUGGUACUUUGGUGGGUGAAGGUGGAGGUCAAAUGAGUGGAGGGCAGAAGCAGAGGAUUGCUAUUGCUCGAGCUCUGAUCCGGAAUCCUAGGAUCCUGCUCUUGGAUAUGGCAACGUCAGCCCUGGACAAUGAGAGUGAAGCUGUUGUCCAGAAGGCAUUAGACAAAGUGCGUGUGGGAAGGACCACCAUUUCGAUAGCCCACCGUCUUUCCACCAUCAGGAAAGCGGAUGUGAUCGUUGGAUUUGAACGUGGACGGGCUGUGGAGAAAGGAACCCACAGCCAGCUCCUGGAAAAGGAAGGUGUCUACUUCACUCUGGUCACCCUGCAAAACCACAGUGUAUCAAACACAGCUAAUGGUUCUGCCAGUGGAGCUGCUGCUGUGGAAAAUUUUGAAACAAAACCAAGAACUCUUAGCCGGUCUAGCUGCAGGUCAAGUAAAAGGAGCUCGGGUCGACUGCGAUCUCAGAGCAACUUGUCCAGUGAUUUUAGCCCAGACACGGUAUCAAACAGCCUCAGGAUCUUUUCCAGCCAGAAGAUCACACAAGACAUUCCUGAGUAUGAGGAAGAGGAAGAUGAGCAUCUUCAACCAGCUCCAAUCGCACGGAUCCUCAAGUACAAUCAGUCAGAGUGGCCCUACAUGCUCCUGGGCUCUUUGGGAGCUGCUAUCAAUGGUUCUGUUAACCCCAUCUAUGCUGUGCUGUUUAGUCAAAUUCUCGGGACCUUUGCCCUAGCUGACAUAAAUGAGCAGAGGAACCAGAUAAAUGGGAUAUGUGUUCUGUUUUGCAUUGUGGCUGCAACAAGUGUCUUCUCACAGUAUUUACAGGGAUACGCCUUUGCAAAGUCUGGAGAGUUGCUGACACGUCGCCUAAGGAAAUUGGGCUUCCAGGCCAUGCUGAGACAAGACAUUGGCUGGUUUGAUGACCUCCAAAACAGCCCUGGAGCGCUGACCACCAGACUGGCCACUGACGCCUCCAUGGUCCAGGGUGCUACAGGAUCGCAGAUUGGCAUGGUCGUCAAUUCCUUGACCAACAUUGGAGCCUCCUUCAUCAUUGCCUUCUAUUUUAGCUGGAAGCUAACUUUGGUCAUUAUGUGCUUCUUGCCGCUCAUUGGGCUGUCUGGACUCUUGCAAGCCAAAAUGUUGACUGGUUUUGCAAAUGAAGAUAAAAAAGCAAUGGAAGACGCAGGCCAGGUUUCCAGUGAAGCUCUUGCCAACAUCAGAACCAUUGCAGGUUUAACCAAAGAGAGCACAUUUGUGGAAUCGUAUGAGCAAAAACUCGAGUGUCCUUAUAAAUCUGCCAAGAAGCGGGCCAACAUCUACGGGCUCUUUUUUGGCUUGUCCCAAUGUGUAAUAUUCAUGGCAUACGCUACGUCGUUUCGGUAUGGGGGAUACUUGGUGAACGCUGAGGGACUGCAGUAUGUGAUAGUUUUCAGGGUGAUAUCGGCAGUUGUAACCAGCGGAACUGCACUGGGUAGAGCUUCUUCUUUCACUCCUGAUUACGCCAAAGCUAAGACAGCUGCCGCUCAUUUAUUCAAACUUUUGGAUCGAACACCUAAAAUCAGCAUAAGCAGCACGGAUGGCGAGAAAUGGGAGAACUUCAAGGGUGAAAUAGAGUUUGUCAAUUGUGAGUUCACCUACCCAACACGCCCGGAUGUGCGCGUGUUGAAAGGUCUGCUGGUGUCCGUAAAGCCCGGUGAGACGUUGGCGUUCGUGGGGAGCAGCGGCUGUGGUAAAAGCACCAGUGUUCAACUGUUGGAAAGGUUCUACGACCCGGACGAAGGGAAAGUGUUGAUCGAUGGUCGCCCGUCUCAGUCAGUGAAUGUGCCCUUCCUGAGAUCUCAGAUUGGCAUCGUGUCCCAGGAGCCUGUUUUGUUUGACUGCAGCAUAGCUGAGAAUAUUCAGUAUGGGGACAACACGCGCAGCGUCAGCAGAGAAGAAAUUGUGGAGGCGGCCAAGAAAGCUUACCUCCAUGACUUUGUGAUGACGCUACCAGAUAAAUAUGAAACCCAGGUUGGUGCGCAAGGUUCCCAGCUAUCAAGAGGACAAAAACAACGCAUCGCCAUUGCCAGGGCUAUUGUCAGGAACCCCAAGAUCCUUCUUCUAGAUGAGGCCACCUCUGCCCUGGACACGGAAAGUGAAAAGACUGUCCAGUCUGCUCUGGAUGACGCGAGAAAAGGUCGAACCAGCAUCGUCAUUGCUCACCGACUCUCCACCAUCCAGAACGCUGACAUCAUUGCAGUGAUGUCACAUGGUGUCGUCAUAGAACAAGGCACGCAUGAUGAACUCAUGGCCAAGACUGGUGCUUACUACAAACUGGUCACAACUGGUGCGCCCAUCAGCUAG